AUGGGCACUCACAAACCAACAUUGGGUGCUGGAGUCGUGUCCCACGCCUUUCCUCCUGGCCAGCUGCCACAAGGAGCCACAGUGGGAGGAAAAAUCAUCGUGGUUUUACUCACUGGGGCAGCUUUCCUUUGGGAGAGGCAUUUCCAGCCCAAAUCCCUGAGCUUUUAUUUCUCCAGUACCAUUUCCCAGUUAUUUCCAAGUUAUUUCCCAGUUCAAACUCAUUUUUUCCCCAAGUUAUUUCCAAGUUCAAACUCAUUUUUUUCCAAGUUAUUUCCAAGUUCAAACUCAUUUUUGUUUCCAAGUUAUUUCCCAGUUCAAACUAAUUUUUUCCAAGUUAUUUCCCAGUUAUUUCCAAGUUAUUUCCCAGUUCAAACUCAAUUUUUUUUCCAAGUUAUUUCCCAGUUAUUUCCCAGUUAUUUCCCAGUUCAAACUAAUUUUUUUCCAAGUUAUUUCCUAGUUCAAACUCAUUUUUUUUCCAAGUUAUUUCCCAGUUAUUUCCAAGUUAUUUCCCAGUUCAAACUCAUUUUUUUCCAAGUUAUUUCCCAGUUCAAGCUCAUUUUUUUCCAAGUUAUUUCCAAGUUCAAACUCAUUUUUUUCCAAGUUAUUUCCCAGUUCAAACUCAUUUUUUUUCCAAGUUAUUUCCCAGUUAUUUCCAAGUUAUUUCCUAGUUCAAACUCAUUUUUUUUUCUGUUGUUCAGCCAUGCAGGGAGCUCCAGGCAGGGUUUGCCUUUCCCUCCAUCUGAGCCAGUUCCUUUGCCCUGGGGAGUUUUGCUGGAUGUGACCCCAGCUCAGCACUCCCAUCCCUCCUGCCCCUCUCUGGGAGCAGCUCCCACCAAAAACCCAAUUUCAGCUUCUCAUCCCAACCUAAACUUCAUCCUCUCACUCAUUUUUCCUGCAUUUUGGGCUCCUGGGCAGGGUUUGCAGGAAGCACAAGGUUUUUUAUCAGUUUAUUUUAUAAUACACCAAAUUUUAGACCCACAACAAGCUUUUAACUUGCCUAUGGAUAUGCUGUGAAUGUUCCCAACGCUGCCUUUCGUAGUUUUAAGCUGUUGUAGAGUUUAGAGCACAGCUCUGUGUGUCCAUGUUUUAAAUCCUAAAAUCCUUAAAUCCUCAGCAAACCCCAAAUUUUCAGCUCUCUCCCACAAACCUUGACUUGUGUUUUGCCAAACUCCAUUUCACCCCACUCCAGCUGUUCUUGCAGUAAGGGCAGGACCCUCAGCUUGGGGGAAGAAAGGAACAUUUUGGGCACAGAACAGGAGAAUGUUCUGGACCUGCUGUUCCCAGGUGACUCCAGGAUUUAUCUGGGCCCCAGAAGUUGCUGCUUUUAAAUGUGUAAAUAAAUAUUGGUAUACCCAACUGUGCCCUGGCUGUGGAGGAGCUCAGCAACUCCAAAACUUGAGGUUUAUUUGGGCAUUUUGGUUGUUUUAAACACUCCCAGAGCUGUAAUUUGAUAAAACUGAGGUGGAGAGGACCAAGGCACAAAUGUGGACCCAAAAAAAUGUGUUGAUCAACAGCGGUUGUGCCACAGAGGGAUGAAAUUUGCUGGUGAGAAAUUGAGUUUUUAUUAAUUUUUCUCCUCAGGGUUUUCCUCCCAGGUCUGAUCUUGGGUUUUAAAUGGUUUUGUGUUUAGAAAUAAACCAGAAAAACAAAAAAAUAUUGAAGGGAGAGAUGUAGAGCCUGUGCAUGGCAGCCCCCAGUGCCACACUCUGAACGCACAAAGCCAUCCUUGGCAGGCUGGCUGCUCUGACCAAACCCCUCCUGCCCCGCAGGAAGGGCUGCCACAUGUACUGUAGGAUGUUUAUGCACCAAAAAAUGCUGCAGAGUGCAUUCUGUCCUUAUCACUGAGCACUAAAUGAUUGUAAAGAGACAAAAAAAAUCUCUGGUUUUACCUGCUGGGAUCUGUCAGUGUCGCUGUGGAUGUGUUGGUGGCCGUGAUUUAUUUUUAUUUUUUUUUUUUAAUCCUCGCUGAAAAUCAGGAGUUUUGCAGUUUGGAUCCGUGGCUGGGGGUCCCUUUUGUGGCUGUGGGGUGGAAUUUCAUCCUUCUCUGCAGCGUUUGUGCCUCACUGCUUUGAUUAAAGCUUUUUCCUCCUGUG